AUGGCCCACCCUUCACAGCUAGGAUUCCAGGACGCAGCUUCCCCAGUUAUAGAAGAACUUCUCCACUUCCACGAUCAUGCCUUAAUAAUUGUCUUUUUAAUUAGUACGCUAGUACUUUAUAUUAUUGUGGCCAUGGUCUCUACCAAAAUAAGUGACAAAUACAUCCUGGAUUCUCAAGAAAUUGAAGUAAUCUGAACGGUCCUCCCAGCAUUCAUCCUAAUUUUAAUUGCUCUACCAUCACUACGGAUCCUCUACCUUAUGGAUGAAAUUAAUGACCCUCAUCUUACAAUCAAAGCUGUGGGUCAUCAAUGAUAUUGAAGCUACGAGUACACAGAUUAUGAAGAUCUUGGCUUUGACUCCUACAUGUUACCAACACAGGAUCUCGCCCCCGGACAAUUCCGUCUCCUGGAAGCAGACCAUCGAAUGGUUAUCCCAGUAGAAUCUCCUAUUCGAGUACUAGUAUCAGCUGAAGAUGUAUUACACUCAUGAGCCGUUCCAUCCAUCGGUGUAAAGAUAGAUGCCGUCCCAGGCCGCUUAAACCAAACAACAUUUAUCACCUCCCGCCCUGGUGUCUUUUAUGGCCAAUGCUCUGAAAUUUGCGGAGCAAAUCAUAGCUUCAUGCCCAUUGUUGUUGAAGCCGUUCCCCUAGAGCAUUUCGAAAAGUGAACUUCGCUAAUGCUUGAAGACGCCU